UUUGUGAUGUUUAAAAAUGGCGGCAGAGUUCAGGCUACUACAAUCUCGGCUCCAUUUGGCUCAACGCCAGGGACCGUACGAAAGAUCCGAUGGGAGGGAGCUGAACGAGAGAAGGCCAACGGCCUUAAACAUAGGGUCUAUAUCGACCGCUGACGGGUCCGCGCUUGUCAAGAUGGGAUGCACAACAGUAGUCUGUGGCGUGAAAGCGGAACUUGCUGAACCAGCGGUCACUGCACCGAAACAAGGGUUUAUAGUGCCAAAUGUGGAUCUGCUGCCCCUUUGCUCUCCUAUGUUUAAGCCAGGACCCCCGUGUGAACAGGCCCAGGCCUUAAGCAAGAUGAUGCUCGAUAUUUUGAACAGUUCAGAAAGUGUAAACCUUGAGAAGUUGUGCAUAGAGGAAGGGAAGCUUUCUUGGUGCCUUACCAUUGAUCUGACAUGUCUGGACUAUGACGGAAACAUGGCGGAAGCGUGCAUCUUAGCUGCCACUGCGGCACUCUGUUCAUUAACGCUGCCCAAAGUAGACACGAGUGAUGGUGAAGUCAAUGUGCUGCUGGAAAGAGAGAAAGUAGACAUCAGCGACGGACCCCUGGCAGCCACAUUUGCAGUCCUUGCUGACGACACUAUUGUGGUUGACCCGACGCAUGAAGAAGAAUGUCUUGCCGCAGAGACCUUCACGGUUGUUUUGAAUGCCAAUGACAACAUUUGUGGAGUCCACAAACCAGGUGGCUUUGCGCUAGGCACAGACCAGAUGUGCCAACAUGUGGAAACCGCAAGGAAGCUAGUGAAGGACACUCGUGAUUUGCUUUCUACAGCGCUGUCGAAUGUUACUCAGUGCACUGCCUAGACGAAGCAAGCCGUCCAUUACUGGUUCAAUGUGAAAA